GUGAGCUAUUAUCAUCCGCAAACGACGACUUUGUGAUUGCGGGCAAUUGCAGAAAUAACACACAAAACUGCAUCCAACAUUGUUUGUUCCAUACGACGAGAAACUGAGAGAGAGAGGGAGUAGUGCCCUUGUUCCGAAUCCUCUCUCUCUCUCUCUCCCCGUCUGGGUGCUUUGAUUUGAAAGAAAGCAAUGGCUGUGUUACAGAGUCACAGAGCAGAAAUGCUAAGCAUAGCCGUGGCUGUAGUCGCCAUUGGUGUUGGUACGGCCUACUAUUUCUACGUCACCAGAAAACCAAAAGGUUGCUUGGAUCCUGAGAAAUUCAAGGAAUUCAAACUUGUUAAACGCACUCAGCUCAGCCAUAAUGUGGCUAAGUUUAAGUUUGCUCUUCCAACAGCAACAUCAGUGUUCGGUCUGCCUAUUGGACAGCAUAUAAGUUGCAGAGGAAAAGAUAGUCUUAAUGAAGAAGUUAUCAAAGCAUAUACCCCAACCACUUUGGAUACAGAUGUUGGAUACUUUGAAUUAGUCAUAAAGAUGUAUCCCCAAGGAAGGAUGUCUCACCAUUUUCGAGUCAUGAGUGAAGGUGAUUAUCUCGCUGUAAAAGGACCUAAGGGUCGAUUCAAGUAUCAGCCUAACCAAGUUAUAGCUUUUGGGAUGCUAGCUGGAGGCACUGGCAUCACUCCAAUGUUCCAGGUUGCUAGAGCCAUAAUGGAAAAUCCCAGUGACAGAACGAAUGUACAUCUCAUAUAUGGCAAUGUCACAUAUGAUGACAUUCUAUUGAAAGAAGAGCUGGAUAAUCUAGCCAUUAACUUUCCCAAUCGUUUCAACAUUUAUUAUGUUUUAAAUCAGCCCCCUGAAGGCUGGGAAGGUGGUGUUGGGUUCAUAUCAAAAGAAAUUAUUCAGACUCACUGCCCUGCACCAGCACCCGAUAUUAAGAUUUUAAGAUGCGGACCACCACCUAUGAACAAGGCUAUGGCUGCUAACCUGGACAGUCUUGGAUACAGUUCGGAAAUGCAGUUCCAGUUUUAAGGCUUUGAUGGAGCUUCUGUCAUCAUCUUGAAGGCGUUAUUUUUUAUGUUAAGAGAUUAUUGCACUGUCAUUCACGACACAACAAGCAUCUGAUUUCUUUGUGGGUAAAGGAAAGAAUACUCCAGUAAAGAUGAAGUCACCGGAAAUAGGCAACAUUAUCUAUUUUCAAAGUUACUCAUAUUUUGCAGGAACUGAAUCAUCAUGUUUAGUGUUUUUCUUUUCUUUUCUUUUCUUUUCUUUUUUUGUUAAUUGAAAUAAUGCCAGCAAUUGUAUUACUACUACAAAACUUUAGCUAUAAAACAGAUGAACUGUUGUACUUGCGGCACUUCUAAUGUUUGUUUGCCGCAUGAUGCUAAAUCUGUGAGUUGAUGCUGCUUCCUUGUUCCUUUUGUUU